AUUUAUGAUUGAUCAUUUUAUGUGUUGGUGUUUGGUCGUAUCUUCAUUGUAGCGAGAAAGAUAACAGGGUAGACACAACAUCCUUGUUUGACCCCAACACAAAUAUGGAAUUGUCUGUUAAAACGAUCAAUAUAAACUUUUAAAUGAAAAAAAGAUGGAGAUUAAAACUUUAAAAUGUGCUUCGUUCUAUGUAAUAAUUAUCUCUGUAAUUGGGGGAAUAUAUUGCAGACAUUUUGACCGGAUGAGAACGAGGCAAAAUAACGCAAGAAGGCAAAAUUUGGCGGAUACAGUAUUAAGGAACAGUUUAACAUACGAAGCCAUCAUCUUAGAACUUCUGAAAAGGAGGCUUGGGAUAACAAGACAGCAGUCGAUGGUUACAAAUCCAGUCACUGUCAGUUUACCAGACAAUUUCAUUCAAGACAAUGUACAGACAAAUAGAAAUAAACAUUCGCAUCUUCAGACGUCUUGGAAUACUCGACCACCUGCACACAGAACCAGAACCACUCGACCACCCACGCAGACAUUCUGGAAUACCCGACAACCCACGCAAACAUUCAGGAAUACCCAACCACCCACGCAAACAUUCAAGAGCACCCGACCACCAACGCAAAGUAACACAAUCCAGUCAACAAAGCCUCCACCUCAAACAGCAUUAAGAAAUUCAAACAAUAACCAAUUUACUGGUACGCCCAUUCAGCUUAUGUCGAAAUUAAGUCAUGUGUCUGGUCAAAGUUCUUCAGUGAGAGCAAACACCGUAGUGCAAUCAAAAAAUACACAAAUAUACAAUGGCGUCAUUUCAUUAAGAAAAAACGGGGGAUUCGAAUUUCAAUCUCCGAAUGGAGUAAGACUUUCCAUUCCAAAUAAAUCUGGAAAAUUAAUACUUAGACCAGUUGCCGAUGGUGUAGAACUAAAUUAUGUGACACCUAUACCGACCCGACCAACAAUGCCAUUUGAAGAAGAAGAAUUCGAAUUUUAAUAUGUUUCCUCUUUAUAUUCAAUUCAACACAUACUUGAAAACCACCCAUACACAAGUGGCGCAAUUAGAUCUCAGACAUGUCAGGAUUGAUACCGGUGCAGUUGUGUAUUCAUAAGGAAAAUUUAAUUUAGUCAUAUAUCUUUAGUUUCAAUUUUGGCAUAUUUUUUUCAUUACAACUAUAAAUAUAAUCAACAAGUUACCUUUUGGUCUAUAUGAACAUUUAGUAUAUACUAAGUAGAAAUACAAAUUUCCGCCAACAAUAAAGGAUCAAUUCAGACAUCUUUAAAAAAGCAAUUCUACGCCCCCUCAUAAUACAACCAAUGGCACUCGUUCGGUAUCAGUCUAAAUGAAAAAAUACCGGUUUAAGUAACUUUUUAUAAUCAAGUGUAUAUGUUUGUGUAUGUAAUUUGUAUUUUGUCAUGCUAUAACCUUUACAUAUAAAUGUAUUUGUGCUAAUAAAUUUUUAUAUUGUCUAAAG